GUCUGAGCUCAGCCUCUCGGCAUCACGGCUUCAUAAUACGUAGGCCUACUCCACGCGCUGCCUUCCAAAAUUCAGCCAAGACUCAGCCAAGCCCAUUCACUUUUUCCCCUUCCUCCAUCCUUCACUGCUUCUCUUUUCUUAUCUCGUGUGUACAAGCCUGAUAGAUAAUGUUUAUGUACGAAUAGUCGACUUUCUCAAUCAUCUUUCGUCUUACCUAGUAUCGCGUCCAACCGAAUUGUUCCUCCCCGCGCUACAAGCCAGCCUGCCAUGGGGAGCAUCAGUACCAGUUCCACCUCCGGCCAAACCGCGCCCAUCCAGAUGACGGGUAAAUCGAAUGCCGCUACGCCAAAGCUGAAUAACGAAGUCGAGAUGGGCAGUCUACCGGGAGAUUCGCAGGCUCAGGAGGAGGAUAUCAUGCAGAUCGCUAGGAUAGGAGACGUACCAGCCAUGGAGAAGCUUUUCGAGUCGGGAGAGUACGAUGCGACCUACCAUGACGAUGAGGGUAUUACGCCCUUACAUGUGAGUUACAAACGAUGCGACGAUUGUUGGGAUGAUGAAGGAUUUCAGCUGACACUGCGUACAGUGGGCUGCGAUUAACAAUCAAUAUGCGAUGUGCAAAUUCUUGAUCGAACACGGCGCCGAAAUUAACAGAAAGGGCGGAGAAUCCGUAGCAACAGCUCUUCAAUGGGCCGCUCAGCGAUGCCAUUACUAUACCGUCAAUCUGCUCCUCCAGCACGGCGCCGACCCUCUCAUCACCGACGCUCAAGGCUACAACACGCUUCACAUCUCCACUUUCAACGGCAACGUCCUCCUGAUUGUCCUCCUGCUUCACCAGGGAAUCCCUGUCGACGUUAUCGACACGUUCGGCCACACUGCGCUCAUGUGGGCUGCGUACAAGGGAUUCCCUCAAUGCGUUGAUCUGUUUCUUCGCUGGGGCGCAAGCGUUCAUGCGACAGACGAGCAAGGCUUCACCGCGCUGCACUGGGCGCUCGUCAAGGGAAGCCCGGGAUGUAUUCUCAAACUUAUCGAAUACGGCGCCGAUCGAUUCGCAAAGACACAGACGGGUAAGACUCCUGCUGUGACGGCCAACGAGCUUAAUACGGAGGGCGCCUGGCACAGAGCGCUUCGAGAAUGCGGUUUCAACGAGGACGGUCAUCCUGCGGUUCCGCCUUGGCCUGGUGCUAGCUAUUUCUUGAAGGACAAGAGAGCUUUUGUUACGAGGUUCUUGUUCAUCUGGCCGUUUGUUCUGGUUUGGGCCAUGCUUAUGGCUGUUUCGAGUGCGCCUGUCUACAUUGGCGUUCCCCUUGGAUUUGCUGUGGUUUACGGUGUUCAGUGGGUUGCUCAGCAAGUACUGGAAUAUGCGCCUCCCGAUAUGCGACACUUUCACAAGACUCCUUGGCUCACCGGUAUCUUUGCGGCCACGCUCUUCUUAACAGCUGUGAAUUGGUUGACGACAGUCCUCUUUGCCACAACACUUGGCGCGAGUGAGGGUCACGGCCAUACCUUUCUCAACCUCUUCUUCGGUAUCUUCUUGGGCUUCACCGCGUACUUCUACAUUGCUAGCAUGAGAUACGACCCGGGUUUUGUGCCAAAAAUGAACGGAAUUGCGGAGCAGAAAGCUGUCAUCGACGGACUUUUGUCGCAGUGGAAAUACGACGAGACCAACUUUUGUGUUACUUGCAUGAUUCAGACGCCUCUUCGAAGCAAGCACUGCCGCCGUUGUCAACGAUGUGUCGCCAAGCAUGAUCACCAUUGUCCUUGGGUUUACAACUGUGUCGGCAUUAACAACCACCGACACUUCUUCUUCUACCUCAUCUCGCUGACUUUUGGUAUCAUCUCAUACGACUUUUUACUGUACUACUACUUCGACACCAUCAGCAGCAACGCUUCGGAUAGCUGCAACGUUCUUAGCCCGAACCUUUGCAAGUUCAUCAAUGCUGAUUCGUACACUGCGAUCUUGGCCGUUUGGAUUACGCUUCAACUCCUCUGGGUCACCAUGCUUUUGUUUACCCAGUUCAUCCAGGUAGCUCGAGCUAUGACUACGUAUGAGAACAUGUUUGGUGUUAGGGACGGAACUGCUAUUACCGCUCUCACAUCUACUGGCGCCCCUCUCGACCCCAACCACCCGUCUCUAUCCGCGACAGCAACCCCUGGUGGUCACCACCACAAGCACAAGGGCGGCAUGCUCAAGUCUUUGAGUCGUACCCUUGGUGUCGACCCCUUUAUCGAGACCAUUACCGGCAGAGGUGCCGUUUCUACCAAGAACAAGCGCAAGAAGAAGAACCCCUACAGCCGAGGCUGCAUUGCCAACUGCAAGGACUUUUGGUGCGAUCCCGCGCCCAUUUUCGGCCAAAGAGAGAACGGAGCUGCUGUACUUGGUGGCGAGAGAGUUGACUACACAGCCAUGUACGAGAGUCCUGGUCUGAUGCAGUUGACGGGUCGUAGAGAGCGCGGUGGCUACGAAGCCGUUGGAACGGAAGAGGUUUAGACGAUGACGAGCUUUGCUUAUGGGAACUGAGGAGUCGUUAACCGGGACACGUUAUACGACCGGCGACAACUACAUAGAGAUUGGUGGUAAAUGACGUGUGAAUGAUGCAUUACGACUAUAUGCUGGUACUUGGGAGAGUAUUCUGGUAGACCAGGGGCUUCGAGAAAGAAUAGAGGCGUCUUCAUUAUGACCAUGCUCCUCUUUUUGUUGUACUCCAGUGGAAAGUGCUCAGUUGGGUACGGGAUAUAUGACGAGAACUGUAUACUAGCAGUGGUGUAAUGUUAACCUUAGCGGUAAGGGCGUUUAGAUCAAGAGAUUGUAUUUCGAAGUUUGAGUUUCAGAGCUGUCAGAAGUUCCUGUGAGGCCUGCAGGAUCUAGAUUACCAUGAACUAUUGCCAACUAGGACCAUAGCUCCCGUGCUGAUCGGUUACAAACGGUCAGAUCGUUACUGAAGAAGGCUACAAAGCGUUCGUGUCGUCAAAGAAGCUAAACUAGCCUCCUGCUCGUGUAAUACAUAUCGCGGAAAAACUGUCUUCAAGAGCUGCGAACACGUUCUCGGUGGCGAGCUUGAAACAUGAUAUAUCAACAAACUUCGCGAAACCCCCAAUCGCAACUCAAACCCAAGACUCGCCUCGUUCCAACUCCAAUCAAGACGUCCAAACCCCAGCGAUCUUGCGGGCCUCCGAUCUCAAAGAUCGCAGUAUCAGCAUGGAACUCGGUCAGAGAAGGAAGUGUAGGUGAUAUGUGAUAUUCACGGGAACUUUAGCAAGGGUUUCCUGGGUAAGAUAUUCUUGCGAAGCAGGGGUUCUGUGGAAAUGUGACUGGUAGUGUUAUCUUACGGGGAGAGGUGGUCAGCAUUUGUCAAAAUAGGGAAUUCGGCAGUUGAGUUGUGAUCUUGCAUUGCUGCAGGAUCUGGUUUCGUGUUGAUUAGGGGAGAGGAGGGUAUAUGAGAUCGGGUUAAGUUCUCGGUGACAAAAGGUCCAUCAUAGCGUAUACCUGCUAUUGUUGAUGAGAGGAGAGUGAGAGUGGGAUUUACAAGGUCAUUCCCACUUUCUCAACGGUUGCAGGGGUAGACGGGCCGCUGUUUCAUCAACGCUCGUCCCGCGCAGAGCAUUAAGUUGAGGUGGACCUCUUUAGUAAACCAGAAUCAGAAUCUUGAAUGAAG